GAGCAGAGGACUGUCAAUGUAUCAAUGACAAGUUCAAAUCAAAUUUUAUUGGUCACAUACACAUGGUUAGCAGAUGUUAAUGCGAGUGCUUCUAGUCCCGACCAUGCAGUAAUAUCUAACAAGUAAUCUAACAAUUUCACAACAACUACCUUUUACACACAAGUGUAAAGGAAUUAAUAAGAAUAUGUACAUAUAAAUAUAUGGAUGAGCGAUGGCCGAACGGCAUAGACAAGAUGGUGUAGAGUACAGUAUAUACAUAUGAGAUGAGUAAUGUAGGGGAUGUAAAUAUUAUAUAAAGUAGCAUUGUUUAAAGUGACUAGUGAUACAUUUAUUACAUCCAAUUUUUAAUUAUUAAAGUGGCUAGAGAUUUGAGUCAGUAUGUUGGCAGCAGCCACUCAAUGUUAGUGAUGGCUGUUUAACAGUCUGAUGGCCUUGAGCUAGAAGUUGUUUUUUGAGUCUCUCGGUCCCAGCUUUGAUGCACCUGUACUGACCACGCCUUCUGGAUGAUAGCGUGGUGAACAGGCAGUGGCUCGGGUGGUUGUUGUCCUUGAUUAUCUUUUUGACCUUCUUGUGACAUCGGGUGGUGUAGGUGUCCUGGAGGGCAGGUAGUUUGCCCCCGGUGAUGUGUUGUGCAGACCUCACUACCCUCUGGAGCGCCUUACUGUUGUGGGCGGAGCAGUUGCCGUCUCAGGCGGUGAUGCAGCCCGACAGGAUGCUCUUGAUUGUGCAUCUGUAAAAUUUUGUGCUGGCGACCAGAGCCUGUUCACUGCCCUCUACACCUCUCUGGCACAGCAGUUACCCAAGGAGCCCAUGGAGUGGAGGAGGUCCUACGGACGCGCACCAAAGAUGAUUCACCUCGAGGCCAACUUUGUUCAGUUCAAAGAGGAGCUGCUUCCUAAGGACGGAAAUAGAGCCUUGCUCACCUUCCCCUUCCUGCACAUAUACUGGACAGACUGUUGUGACACAGAGAUGUACAAGGCGUCGGUGAAGGAUGACAUGCUGCGGUGGCAGAGCACCCUGCGGCUGCACGGCUCAGUGGACUGGCUCAUCGUGGUGGUGGAGAGCGAAGCCAAGAAGAAGAACAAGACCAACAUCCUGCCGCGCACCUCCAUCGUAGACAAGAUCCGCAACGACUUCUGCAACAAGCAGAGCGACAGGUGUGUGGUUCUGUCUGACCCUCUGAAGGAGUCGUCUCGGUCCCAGGAUUCGUGGAGCUCCUUCCUGACCAAGCUGCGCACCUUGCUGCUCAUGUCCUUCACCAAGAACCUGGGCCGCUUCGAGGAUGACAUGCGCACACUCCGCGAGAAACGCACCGAGCCCGGCUGGAGCUUCUGCGACUACUUCAUGGUGCAGGAGGAGUUGGCCUUUGUGUUUGAGAUGCUGCAGCAGUUUGAGGAUGCUCUGGUCCAGUAUGACGAGCUGGACGCUCUCUUCACUCAGUAUGUCCUCAAUUUUGGGGCUGGAGACGGGGCCAACUGGCUGGGCUCGUUCUGUGCCCCGGUGAAGCGCUGGAGCGGGCUGCUCCUGCGGCGGCCCAUCGACAUGGAGAAGCGCGAGCUGAUCCAGCGCGGCGAGGCCAGCCUGCUGGACCUGCGCAGUUACCUCUUCUCCCGCCAGUGCACCCUGCUUAUCUUCCUCCAGAGGCCCUGGGAGGUCACCCAACGAGCCCUGGAGCUGCUGCACAAUUGUGUCCAGGAGCUGCGCCUGCUCGAGGUGUCUGUGGUCCAGGGGGCGUUAGACUGCUGGGUGUUCCUCAGCUGUCUGGAAGUGCUGCACAGGAUCGAGGGCUGCUGCGACCGCGCCCAGCUAGAGGCCAACUGCUCCCACACUGUCGGCCUGUGGACCUACGCCACAGAGAAGCUAAAGUCUCUGGGCUACCUGUGUGGCCUGGUGGCCGAGAAGGGCCCCACCUCCGAGGACCUAAACCGCACCGUAGACCUUCUGGCUGGCCUGGGGGAAGAGAGACCAGAGACGGUCAACAGCCUGCAGAGCCCUUACAAAAAACUCAAUGAGGCCUUAUCGUCUGUGGAAGCAUUUGAAAAACACUAUCUGGAGCUGUCUCAUGCUGCAAUGGAGAUGUACAGAGCCAUAGGCAGGAAGCGCUCAUCCCGGCUCAUUGGAAAGAGUCUAGCUGAGUUUUACAUGAAGAAAGGUGACCCGGAGAGAGCAGAGGGCUUCCUUGAUGACUCUCUGAGGUCCUACGUGGCAGAGGGGUGGAGCCUGCAGGUGACUCAUACCAGGAAGCAGAUGGCCGAGUGUCAGAAGCUUUUGCAGCAGACUGAAGACUACCUGCAGACCAGUGCCUUGCUGGCGGGCGACGCCAACCUGACAGAGGAGGAGAGGAAGCACUUCUACCAGGUGAUCCUUACCUUCGCCAGCCAGCCCCCGGCACCCUCAGACCAGACUGUGGCUCUGAGCAUGGCGGCAUUCGCCCAGCUGCGCCAGAUGCAGUUCAGCCCGCCUGGCGCCGUGGUGCACGUGGGUGCCGCCCUGCAGCUGGAGCUGCGCGUACGCUGCCUGAUGCCUGUGGCCGUGCAGGUGGAGCAGCUAGCUGCCACUCUCCACUUCAGCCUGGAGCAGGGCGGGGCGAGGGGCCGGGCGGGCGGCACCCAGAGGAGGACAGGCCAGGGACCACAAGGCCAGGGGGACGGGGUGGUCCUGUUCCCCCAGGGAAGCCCCCUAGCUGGGGCCGGGAUGGGCGCUUCGCUACCCCCCGCACUAGAGCUUUAUGAAAUGCAGGACCGCAGCCCGUCGGACAGCUCGCUCAACUCCACGGGGGUGGUGUGUAAGAACAUGCACCUGCUGCUGCGGCGCCACGACAGCUCAGCAUCCCUAGACACGCCCACUGCCGGGGCACUCCCGGCAGCGGUUGCCGUGGACGACGGGGCCCAGAUGCUGAGGGCACGCGACAUAACGCUACAGCCCGGCGACAACAGCAUCUUGUUCACGGCCCCUACUGGAGAGCCGGGCUCGUACACGUUACGUCAGCUGUGCGGGAGUGUGGGGAGAGUCCAGUUUGUCCAGUCUCACAUCUACCCUGUGGUGCAGUACGAGGUCUACUCCCAGGAGCCUCAGCUCACCAUCGAGCCCCUCUCAGACAACCUGUUGGCAGGCAUUCCCCAGAAGGUGAAGUUCACCAUAGCAACAGGCCACUACAGUGUGAAGAAGGGUGACGCGCUGCAGCUUAGCAAUACAGACUCCAUGCCCAUCCUCCACUCUAGCUGCUGCUCUGCUACCAUCCUGUCCAGCACAGGAGAGCUCGUGGGGGAGCGUGCUCUUUCUGUUCAGUCAUCGGAGAAGGUGACCAGCAUUUCCCUGCCCCCAACCCCUCCCUACCACACCCUGGAGUUCCAGCUGGAGUUGCUGUGCCACAUCCCCCCCACCCCCUUCAAGCCCGACAUCGAGCGUCUCACCAAUGGCGAGGUUCGCCACCGGCCCAAGAGCCACAGUCAGGCAGACAGUGGCAUGAUCCAUAUCGACCAGAAGGUCUCCAUCGACUGUCCUUGGUCCAUCUACUCCACGCUCAUAUCCCUCACCUUCUAUGUUCCUUUCAAAGCCAAGCACUCAAUACUCUCUGCUGGGAAAAGGAAGUAUAUACAGGUGUGUCUCCAGAACGUGUCCGACACAAACUUCCACCUGGCGGACCCGGUCCUCACAGAGCGCCAGCCCACAAUCCCGGUGGAGCUGCUCUCAUUCAAUGGUAAAACACAACAGACGCUGUGCAGUCAGCAGUCAGUCUUCUGCCUGUGGGAGAUGCGUUGGGUCAAACACCUCCCGCUGUGCCUGCAGUGUGCAUUCUCCGCCAGCUUUGCGCCCGUCUCCGCCCCUGACGCAAACACAGCCUUCAAACCCUACCGCUACGAGUUCCAGCUGGACCGGGUCUCUACCCUUUACAGCUUGAAGGCCGAGAUCUUGCCGUCGUCUGGCGACCAGCACUGUCGCACCGGCGCCCUCUGUGGCCUCGAGGUAUCCAUCACACGGCAGGCAGAGCCCAGCGAGACUGAAGGGGAGGAGGAGGAGUCUACAGAAAUAGAGGGCCUGAGGACCACCAAGCUCAUGUAUGAAGUGGUGGACAACAGCAGUAACUGGGCGGUGUGUGGCAAGAGCUCGGGGGUGGUGUCCAUGCCCGUGGCUGCCAGCGCCACACACAGGGUUCAGAUGGAGGUCAUGCCCCUGUUCGCCGGUCACCUGCCCUUCCCCAACAUCAAAGUGUUCAAGUACCUGCCCCACAGUGCCGUCCCAGCCAUUCAGCCAGACACAGACAGCUGCUUAGAGAACGACACCAUGUCCCUGCUGGACAAAGGUCUGGACGACCAGGGCGACACGGCCAGCAUCCGUAGCCGGGGCAGCAUCCACUCGGUGGGCAGUGGGGAGCAGCAGAGGGGUCUGCCCAUGCCCCGGCUGGAGCCCUUCAGUCCGGGACAGGUGUUCUAUUGGAGCCAGGGGCGGCAGGUGCUGGUGCUGCCUGUUACUGACGACCACGUGAUGGAGGUUAACGUCACAUGACCCCUGUGGGCCGCUGCCCCCGCCCCCCGCUGUGCCCCCACCACGCCUGGACCUCUGUGGUUUGGUUCCUGGCUGUGGUUCUGGAACCGGGACGUGGCAUGGCGGCAGGGAACUGACACUGGCUCUCCUCUCAGGACUCAUUGCUGGGCGACCACUGGCCCUGCUCCUGUUCUGGCCUGAGUUCCAUCUGCUCUAUUUUUAACUUGUCAAUCUUUUUCAGUAUUCACUGAAUUCUCAUAUGAAAAUACCCCUCUCUCCCCCCACUGUCAGAGAAGAGGGUUUAGUGUACCUGUAAUACUAGCUCUCUUAUUGGUUCUUGCUCGGUGGAACCCCCCCCCCACACACACCCACCACGCACCUGUGACUGGCUUGCUGGUUCCACUGAUCGUCAACACAACCUUCUGUAUGAGGCACACAUGGACACACUGUGUUUGGACAGGGGUGCUUCGGUUUGUGGUUGUUUGUAUUGGUUGGUGUGUGUCUCUGUCUAUGCAUGACAUGGCAAGUUGUGAUAGAUGAAGGGAAAGAGCGGGGCCAGUUAAUUUGUGUGUGUGUGUGUGUGUGUGUGUGUGUGUGAGCAAUAUCAUCUACAUUUGUCCUCCUCACUCACUUUCAGCCCCUUGCCCCCCAAAACCUGCUGAAUCCUCUAUCCUUUGCUGUAGUCAUCGCGCCACCCUGGCCACUGUACAAACUGUUCAAUAUGUACAUAUUAUUCCAGAGGAAUCCCUGUCCUGACUGACUGUGUGCAAAGGCUGCACCAAAAACGAAUUGUCUCAAAGGAAUAGGUUAGAGGUCAAAUAAACUAUUUUUGUUUUCGAGCAGGUGCGAGACGCACUUAAUCUGAGUACUAACGAACACAUGCUUUUGGCUCCUGAUGAGGACCUAUUUUUGCCUUGUUUUUUGUUGUUCAGGUUUUAAGGUUCACUGAAAUUCACUUAUUCAAGUAUUGGUGAAAUCUGAGAACAAUGGGAUGAAAUUGAACUUGGUUGUUUUCAGUGACUUUUUUUUUCUGAAAGUGACCGUCUGUUUUGAAGUGUUUACCAUCAUGUGUUCUGUAUGACUUUGUGGUUUACUUGAAUGCUGAGCAGGUAAAUUCUAUGUUUAGUGAAUGUGGUGUCUGACCUUUUUCUUUUUUCUCAGACAUUCGCUGUUGCUACGGUAACUGUGUCAGGGAGAGCACUUUAUCUUAGCACAAUUCUUUUAACAAAAACAACCAUUUAGAAGGAGGGGAAAUUUGCUUGUAUAAAUGCGAUUGACGUUAGUGUAUUGACCUAUUUUUGUACUGUGUCGCCGGUCAAGUUCUGUUUGUUGCUCUGUGUCUGUCGGUUGGUAUCUACUGGAGGCCGAUGAGGGCUUUGGGCCUGAGGCCUUAGCACACCCCCUAUACUCCUGUCCUGUAUUCCUCGACCUCUGGGCUUGUAUCUAGCGUAAUCCCACAAACGGAAAGUAGUGCUCACCGCCAGGACGAAAGGCAGAAGGAUUGUUCCCUCUAUCUGGCCAUCUUAAUGAAAGAGAACCCCAUCCCACUCAGAAUCCACAUACAGAACCUACUUGCCCGAUCCUACAGCAACAUAACAUGGGCCUGUCUUUGCAACAUGGGCCUGUCUUUCCAUGUGUCCUCGGUGUGUACGAGGGUGUCUAACUGGUCAGGAAAACUAUGAUAUAUGAAGACUAUGAUAUAUCAGUGCUCGUCUAUGUACUCAUCUUAUUUUAUGCCCAGCUGUAUUUAUUGUCUUUUUUUAUAUAUUAUUUAACGGCAAAUAGCUGGAAGGGAUGGAAUCAGUCACUCACAAAAAUAAAUAAUGCCAUUGGGAAUUGUCUGGUGAUCUUUUUUUUUCUUCUUCAAGUCAUUGGUCACUGAAAUCAGAUUUUUAAAAAUUGUAUGUAAAUGAUUCCAUAGAAGUUCAGCACCACUGAUUGUUUUCAGAUUAAUGAUUUAAACGAAUCAUAUGUAUGCAUUAUACAGUUGAAAUUAAAUAUACCUAUGUUUUAAUGUGA